AUCCUUCAAGAUCGAUUAACAAUAGCACUGGAGCCUGAAGUAGCUUCGCUUUAUUGUAGACACAUACAUAUUCACAAACCUGAUGAUGCAUCCAUGUCCAAGUUACCGAAGGGCACCAAGUACAUUGUCCUUGAUGCAGGAGGAGGAACAAUGGACGUAACAGUACACGAGGCUGGUCGUGACAAUACACUCAGGGAAGUUAAAGCUGCAAGUGGUGGCGAUUGGGGAGGUAUAAUAGUUGACAAAGAAUUCGAAAAUUUGCUUACACGUAUGGUAGGACAAUAUGUAUUUGAACAGUUUAAACUAAAGGAAAAAGAGGAUUGGCUUGAUAUGCAAAGGGAAAUUGAGUCAAAGAAACGAAAGCCAAAUAUGGACAGCGCAGGUAAAUUAGGGAUGCGAUUUCCAGUUUCCCUAAAUGAUCUUUACAACAAACACUCCCAAAAUGACAUUAGUACUUCAUUAGCAUCGUCUCCGUAUGCAGGUCUGAUUGAGCUUAAAAGGGAUAAGAUGAAGAUUUCUAACAAGGUCUUUGUUGAUCUUUUUGAAAUUUCGGUAACAAAAUAGUUGAUCAUCUAAAGUCCCUACUGUCCGAUGGCUCACUUAAAGAAGUGAGAGUUUUACUCAUGGUCGGUGGUUAUUCUGAAUCGCCAGUAUUACAUCGUGCAAUUUUAGAAGAAUUUCCCGGAAUUCAAGUCGUAAGACCUAUCGGUGCUUCAUCGGCCGUAUUGAGAGGUGCACUAAUAUAUGGACACAACCCUUUUUCAAUAAGCGAAAGAAUUCUCAAAUAUACGUAUGGCACUAACUACACACCGCUUUUUUUUGAAGGAUUUCACACUGAAAGUAAACGUUUCGCAUCAAAGGAUGGACAAAUAAGAUGUCGGAAUGUCUUUAAGAAAAUUGUAACUACUGGACAGACAGUGAAACCGGGAGAAACCCAAGUAACAGACACCUAUUGUACUCCUUCAAGAAGACAGAAGGCUAUGCAAUUUGAAAUAUAUGCUUCAGUGAAUGAGGAUCCUGUUUAUACAGAUGAUGACGAAUGCUUUGAGAUAGGUAGACUAAGGAUAGAGUUUGAUAAGGAACUUUACAGGAGUGAUAGAAGAGAUAGGACAGUAGCACUAUCUAUGCUAUUCGGGGAGACAGAAGUCAUCGUAGUUGAAGAUAAAUUUACUGGAAAGAAGGAAAUAACUACAAUUGAUUUUCUUUAGUUAUAUUUUUUAUCUUAGAAUAAUUUCAGUGAUAUACGUUUUUUGCGACGGACGCACCCUCAGGCGCGUUCAAAGUUAUGCCAUCUAUACAUGGGAUUUCCAUUGCUAUAUUAUCGAAAAAGUAGCUCCAACUAGGUACGUAUAUCAACCAUGGUUAUAGCCUUUUAAGACUCUGUCCAAAGCUAACACAGAAACACAUUAAUCUUACCUCAUUCGAUGCAAUGAAAGUGGAACCGACUACUCAGGUUUUGUCAUCAACAGUCUUUUAUGUAUUGAAGCUCAGAGAAUAAAUUUUGGAUAACAUGAAUUCAAGAAAUCACGGCUAAGCUGACCGCAACAGAAAUGAAAAUGCAAAGAAUUUCGAGACGUAAACAAUAGGCUUAGUUAUCUGAGGCUGGAGUUUUUAGGAUACUUUGCCGAGUGGAAAAGACGUAUUGAAAAUAGGCGGGGGUAAUAUACAAAAGGGCAAGUUAAUGGUAUGAUGCUCACUUACCAGACAUUAGGCGGACUGUACAGUUAAUACUGUUAUAGAAUGUAUUAAGUAUUGUUCCAGCAAGGGAUGGAUUUUGCUAUGACUGCAAAAAUCAACCAAGAUCCAAUCAAGCAGCAAUUUGGAAUCGAUAGAACUAGCUUGGGCAUCUAUACAAACCCCCGGUUAUAUGACUUAAAUAAUGCCAUGGUUAAAAUCCGUACAGCUGGCAGUCAUGCAAUAGCACCAAUGUAGGAUUGAACUUGGUUCAUUGGACAAUUUGCCACUACGGUAUGAAAUAGUUUGAAUACAUUUUCAAAUGAAUAAGACUGAAGAUUAUAAUUUUGACAAGAACAAGACGAAUAUGAUUUAUUAAAUAUCAAACAUGUAAAUGAUUUUCAGCAAACACUUCACUUUAUGUCAUAGUAUGUUAAAGCAAGAAUAGGUUGUCUUCGAUUUGAAUUUAUAGCUAAAGUAUCAUUUCUAUGAGUAAUUGUAAAUAUCUCAAUAGUCAUUUUCAGUAUCAUUAUUAUUUCGAGUUGGUUUUGUCUUUAAACACAAUUCGCAGAGACUUUGCAACAUCUUUCUUGUCCCGUAAAAGUUCUCGAUGUUUCAGUUUUGCUAUUGCGGGUCCACGAAUGUUAAGGAGCUAUACACUGUUCAAUGACAUGUUCAGUUAGCUUAUGACUUACUAGCUUUUCUGAAUAAUACUUUUCCAGAUGACCAUCCGUGAUUAUUUCCUUCGCAUUGAUGAAUGAGUCCUUGCUUAUGUCACAUUGAUGAACAUUUUUUUCUCAUGUAUUUUUCACAUUCCCGUACAAAUAAAUAGAAGUUAUAACUAGGAAUUUUAAGUCCACUACGAUUGAUUGCUGUUGUCCAGCCUGUAUUUUCGCUUAUGAAUGUCUUUUCCGAGCCAUAAGAGUUUUGAUGGGACUAUGAAUUUCUUCUGUGUCAUUUGCAUGCGUCUUUUUCUUUAACUGAUAUAAUAUGUACCAACUGAUAUUAAGAAGCACUGAUUACUCCGUAUAAUUUAAAGGUGUUGCAUCGCCUGAUGUAUCAGAUUUUUGUACAUGGGUCAAGAUGCCCUUUUCGCUAUCAAAUCUUUAAGAAGCUGCCUAUGAAAAACUGCAAUCAAUUGUCUUAUUGGGACUGAACCUAAAGCAAGUUGACAUAAUUUAGAUAUUAUAUCAGCAGAAUGUUCUUGAUACACGAGCUAAUGAAAUUUGUGUAGGAGUAAUUCGUUUUAGCUACUUUCACUUGAUGCUAUCGAGUUGAAAACCACAUGGUACAUAGGUACUAGAAGUCUUUAAUUUUUGUUGUUAUAUCUAUUAUGUUGUGUCCAUUAGCUGACAGUUUCAUGUUACGAAACUUGUUUUUACCAGCAUUCACCAGAAAUUGAGGGAGAACAUGUUUGAAAACUGUGCGAGGUCAAUAUUGAAUGGUUAAGCUUUGUCACUGUGAGAGUUUUUUCCGAUGUGCUGAUACUGAUUGUUAUUUAGAGUGUAUACAAUUAAAGGUUCUUUACGGCAGAUUACUGAUAUUUUUCUCUAGCUGACAAAUUGUUUCUAAGAAAUUAUUCAUAUUUAGGUACACUCUUUAUGAAGAUAAGGUUAAAUUAUAAAAAUACAACAUCUUUAUCUUUACAUUACCGUGCAGACAUUUUAAUGUAGCUCAUUAUUUAAGCAUUUUAAAAGGUGUCAUAAAGAAACUUGAAAUCUUGAUUACCAUGUCAAUGCACAAUUGUAAGAUAAGCAUUUUACAACCCCUUGGGGCUUUUCUUGGUUUCAAGCUUAUGUAGUUUGUGUUCUUGUCUAUAACUGAACCGUGUUAAUGAUAUGAUUUUGCUUAUUAGAGGAAAAGAAAUACAAGACUUUGAGUAAAAUGAAAAUUAAAAAGUAAUUAUUAUAAUUCAAGUUAAAUUUCAAAAUGGCUGACACCGGGUCUUGUCUCUUGUUUUUACAUGUUAUAAGAAUGUGUAAAAUUGUAUAUUCUGUUAUAAUACUGGUUAAAUUGUUUUUGUUACUGUGUUUUUGUUUUUAUGUAUGUUAAUAAAUAUUUCCAAAAUACCAGUAAUAUAAAUUGAUAUCAAAUACAUGUAAAGAUUUUAAGUUCUUGCGAUCUUAUCAUUAUAAAAUUCUAUGCAUAGUUAUUUGAGUGUAUAAUGACGGUACAUGCUACGGCCACGUCUUAUAUCAAAUAAUACAUGUCAAGAUUGUAUUUUUUUAAUUAUUUUUAUCGGUUUAUUUUAUGUUUGUUUCAGCAGCACGAAUCUGAUUCAAUUCAUUUUAAAAUCAGUUUUUGGAUAUUUAAUUGAACUUUAAUCUGCCCUUUAUUUCAUGUUGAUACGUCUAUUUAACCCAUUACGUUAUAUACACGCCUUUUAACGCCUUUUCCACCCCCCUUUUUGUUGUCUCAAAUGGUGAUAAAUGCCUUAUUUAGGCCCCCAACACUUGUUUUUGUUUGAGAAAUGUUGUUAAAAAAGUGACCUCUUUUUCGGCGCGGCCCCCAAACCAAAAGAUACAUCAGGGGGUUGCCAGAAGGGGGAUGUGCCCCCUUCUGUUAGGGGGGUUUGAAGGGGGCGGAGUCCCCCUCAUCGCCAAGAAAAUUUUGGACUUGUAAGAGGCUAUAAAUGACCCCAGAUUGAUCAUAAGGUAACGUGUAACCAACGCUGAAAAGCAUUUGACUCUAUCUCAAUCCAUGUAGAAGUUGCAGCAUUUUGAAAUCAAUUUUGAUGGAAAAAAUCAACGCAAAAUAGUGAUUUUAGGCAAUUUUGAGAUGACCCCUCGUUGCCAUGGUAACAGAAAAUUUAAGCUUGAGCAUGUUGUUGCAAGGGCAAUGGUCCAGUCAACAUUUGUGCCAAGUUUGAUUAGUGUUGAAGCAGAUUUUAUAGUACUAUAGCAAUUUGAACUUGUAACGGGAGACUUUUCAAUGAAAACAGCCAUUUUUCACAAAAUGCUCAUGAAGUAAUGGGUUAAACUCCAGUUAUAAGUAUUUAAGUGCGUCAAAAGAAACACGCUUUUGUUUAAUUUUACUGCGACGUCGAUUAUAUUGUGACGUCACGCCAAUUGUUUUCUAUCAGGUUCGUGCCGUUGCUAUAUAUAUUGAGAGAAAUAAAGAAACCUGAUUUUCGUUACUAGAUCAGAAAAAAAUAAUUCCCGAAUAAGGACUUUUCAUUAUUGUCAAAGAGACUUCAGCUGUAGGGGUGAAGCAAUUCUACAGAAGAG